UCAUGAAUGCAAGCAUCGACAAGAACGCAGUUUCGCUCCUUGUUUUCGUACCGUGUAGAAGCGCUCACGUGCGUGUCAUGUAACGCAACGAAAAAUAUAGAGUCUCUUGUGGAAGUCCUUCGAUGUUUUUGCCGAUAAAAGGCUACCAGCCAUGUACUACGCGAGACUGAACGUAAGCUCUAGCGUAGCCUUUGCGAGGCGUCUGCUGUGCCGACUGCCCGCCCCAAGGACUUCCUAUUGCCGAGCCUUAUCGCGGGCGAAAGACCUGAUCGAAGACGUUAAAUCGGGCUCGUAUUCGCUUAGCUGCAAGGACUACGCGCCCGAAGCGGCGGGAGUUCCUCGGGACGAAUUCAAGAGGCGAUUUCAAGCGUGCCGAUCCGUGGACGAAGUGUUACAUCUCGUCUUCUCCGAAGACGGUUCCAGACCUGCCAGGCCUCAAGACAUCGUGGCUUCAGCCGAGGCGCUCGUGAGGAUACAGUAUCGUAUCCUAAGCAGUUUUCAGUGGGCCUACAGUGACGCCGACGUUACGCUGCGGGUGCAGGCGUCUGCAAACUCGGACACGGUCGACAUGUUUCUCUCUCUCCAUCACCACCCCUCGUUUAUCGUCCUUCUACGCACGGCGGAAAGUGACGCCGACUGCUUCACUCCCGAGGAAACCGUGCAUCUGCUGGACGCUAUGCUCAAGCUGUGUGUUCCCAAGAGCCACGACGCGCUCGUAAAACUGCAAGAACGAUGCGUCAUCGGGAGCGAGUCAUUGGAUAUAGUCGGUCUGGCCAAGUUGGCCGAAGCGUCGAACUUAUUGAAACGAAACGGAUUCGUCAUUUGCGGUCUCGUGUGCUCGCUCGUUCAGCAGACGUUCGACGCGAUCCCGUUCGCACCCGAAUCUUACAGGAACACGGCGGUAAUCUUGUGUCACGUCGCGUACUUUUUCUCCUCCGAAUACAUAGACUCCGUGCUCGAGAAAUCGGCGGCUCUGCUCUCCUCCUUUCGGGACAGUGUCUCGCCAUCCGAUUCGCUCCUGAUCUUGGAGGCGGCCGUCCGCUUCUCUUCGAGGGACGCGCGCAACAUGAAACCGUUUCUCGACCACUGCUUGCAAAACUGCGCCAAGCUUUCGAUGAACGAGCUUUCGAAACUGCUGCGAUUGUGCAGGCUUGGUCACUUGGACGUUCCUUCGCUCACUGAAAAGGCGAGGGAGGUGGCCAUGAUCCGCAAAAGCCAAGGUCUCUUGCGUACAACGGACGUUGUUAGUUUGAUAAGCAUCUUCGAUGACGUUGGCUGGAAUGACAGUCUGCGAGAGGAGUUCACCGGUCUCUUGGCGAUCCACAUGCCCGACGUGGAUGUCAUGCUCAUCAAGCAUUUGGCUAGUGGCAAAUUUCUGAGGGGCUGCAGGAGCAAGCAACUGAUGAACUUGUUUGAAAAACGAUGGAUGGAAAAGCUCCCUGACAUUCGUAACACGUUGUCAGCACUAAAUGCGCUUGUGAACCUUUACAACAAGACUUUCGCGAUAUCGAGACAAGCAAGAGAAGUGCUAGAGAGAUGCUUGGUACAAGAACUGAAGCACGGCCAGCUCGCACUGAACCCUGAAAAGGCACUGGUGUGCUGUGGCUUCCUCUUCAGGUUUGGCAACAAGAGGUCGAAAGAAUGUGCACUGGAAGUCAUGGAAAGUGUCAAGGCACAGCUGUCCCCUUCGCAGUUCUGCUUAUUCUUUUAUGAUCAGAGUUUUCGAGACGAUUUUUUUUAUGAACACAACCUCCCAAACAUUUGGUACGAGAGCAUUCUCGAGAGACGUCAGGAGAUCCCGAACCUCCGGAUUGCCUCAUACCUGAUGUUGAAGUUCUUUCCAACCGGUGGUAGCAAGCAGCAGGAGUGGCGCAUUGCUCGCGAGGACGCUCGGCUGUGGGCGGACAUUUUGGAGGCUAGCGGGCCUGUCUGCAGCCACUCUACUUUGCGGCAUGCACUCAAGUGCAUACUAGGGCACCAGUUGUACGUGCCUGCAACCCUUGAGGUGUUGUGCGAGUCUGCGCUCAGGAAGAGCAUCAAAGUGCACCUCGCCAUGAAGCUCAUAGAAGCCUGUGCCAAGGUAAACUACAGGCCACAGUGCUUUGAUGAACUCGGAAACCUGUACGCCAACCACCUAGUCAAAAUCGCUGAAAUGGAUGAGUUGCCUGUCACGGAUAUACUUUGUUUUUCACACAGCCUCCUGUAUUUAGACUGCUUUGCGGAGCGAUUGGUUCGCAAGAUCUUCAGCGUCGGCUAUCUACAGAAGCUGGACAGCCUCGUAAAUGAGAAUCCAGAAAUGAAGGACGACAUUGACCGACUAUUGUUCGAAUGCAACCGGUGUGUUGAGCUCCAGUGCCCCGAGCUCGACAUUCCAUGGAUGUGGGCCACACCUCCCUCUUCUGUGAUCAGCGGAAGUUCUCGUGACCCACAGUGUGAUGAGCUCUCCAGUAUGGUUGAAGACGUAUUGAAAGAUCUAGCAGGCGAAGAUGGGCUUGUGCGUUCAAGAACGCAGUCCCCUUAUUUUCACCACAUCGAUUUUGAGUGCUAUGCUGGAAAGGAGUUCGGCUUCAUAUCCCAGCAGGACUUCAAGGCCAAUCCUUGUCUACCAGUAAGAAGGUUGGCCAUCAUGCUUCUGGGAGAAGACGACUACUGCACCAAUGAGAUGCACCUGUUGGGUUCUGUUGCGACAAAGUUACGACAGCUGGAAAUCCUGGGCUACACAGUCAUUAAGGUUCCAUGUAGCGAAUUUUCAAGCAUAGGCAUGGACUUCGAAGCACAGCGGGAGUACUUGCAAGAAAAGAUUUUUUCGAGGUGACAAAAGCCAGCGUCAUGAUGUACAGAGGAUCUUUUAAUCACAGUCGUGCUUAUAUCUCGCUCUUAGAGUGUACAGUAAGUAAAUAAAUAUACACCCAUUGCACUAAUAAAA